AUGGCCAAGCUGAUCUCGACACAAGAGAUUGCGAACCAUGCUCAUGAGAACGAUAUCUGGAUCGUGGUGAAUGGGAAAGUUUACGACGUGACCAAAUUUGCCCGGGAUCACCCUGGUGGUGCCGAAAUUAUUUAUCAUUUCGCUGGCCGCGAUGCAUCUCAGAAAUACAAUAGUGCGCACUCGCCUUCAUUGAUCAAAGAUAUCGACGAUAGUAUUGUUGGGAGCCUAGAUACGACAACCAUCACGGAAGAAUGGCGUGGGCAGAAUGAACCACCCAAGUCGACAACGACGAUCUCUAAAUCUCAAGUCUAUCAAAAUCCCCCACUCGACGACAUCAUAAACCUGGAUGAUUUCGAGGCCGUGGCCAAAAAUACCUUCAGUCCCAAAUCAUGGGCGUAUCAUAGCGGAGCCGCCAAUGACUGCUUCACGAGAGACGAGAAUCGCGAUUUCUUCCGGCGUAUUUGGCUACGGCCGGCAAUCAUGCGAGAUGUUUCGAGAGUAAAAACCCAGUCAAGUCUUUUCGGGUGCAAGCUUGACAUUCCAGUCUUCGUCGCUCCUGUUGGUGCAGCCAAGAUGAGCCACGAAGAAGGCGAACUGCCUCUCGCGAGAGGAGCUGCCUCGUCAGGAAUCAUUCACUGCAUUUCAACAAUGGCUUCCUAUUCUCUUGCCGAGAUUCUUGAUCAAACCCCUACCCAGGCUUUCUACCAGCUCUAUAUCAAUAGAGAUCGAUCCAAGACAGAAGCGCUCGUCCGCCUAGCCGAGAAAACCGGCAAAGUGAAAGCUCUAUUUGUAACCGCCGAUUUACCGGUUAUGUCGAAGCGCGAGGCAGAUGAGCGAAUCAAGCUUGAUGAAGGUACCCAGUGGAUUAAUGUAGCUAAGGACAAUAACAACAGCCCGACAGGGAAGAAGAAGAGUGCCGGUCUAGCGAAAGCCAACAGUUCCUUCAUCGAUUCAACUCUAAAUUGGGAUGAUCUGCGCUGGUUACGGAGUAUCUCGAAGCUCCCUAUAGUACUCAAGGGCGUUCAGCGGGCUGAAGAUGCUCGUCUAGCAAUGAGAGCUGGGUUCGAUGGCAUUGUGAUCAGCAACCACGGAGGACGGGCCGCAGACACCACACCCCCGACAAUCCUUGUUCUUCUGGAAAUCCACCGAUAUUGCCCUGAAGUAUUCGGCAAAAUGAAGGUCCUUGUGGAUGGAGGGUUCCGUCGCGGCUCGGAUAUCGUCAAGGCAAUUUGUCUCGGUGCAUCUGCCGUGGGUCUGGGUAGAUCGUUUGCAUAUGCUCUCAAUUAUGGGCAGGAUGGUGUUGAGCAUGCUGUGAGCUUGAUCAAAGAGGAAAUCGAGACGGCUACUCAGCUGGUGGGUAUGACGGAUUUGUUCCACGAUGCGAGCCCAUCUUACAUCAAUACGGCUGGCUUAGAUCAUUUAUUGCCUUCGAAUUAUGAUGUUACUAUCAAGGACUCAAUGAGACGAUCCAACAAGCUUUAG